UCCUCUCGGUGCGGAAGUGUUGUCCUGCAGAGCAGCAGCAGAAGCAAAGCUGCAAACUGUUUGGAUAAACGUCUCGGUGGGUCACAUGCAGCUUCUCUGGCCUCCCCACCUUCACCGCCGGGGCUGGCACUGCUCACUUUGACCGUGUGCCGCAUUAGUAUUAUGCAGGUACCGACCGACGGAGUGUGGUGAGAGCUGCUUCAUGCUGAGAGCUAGAGCUAAGUUAGCAUCUGAAGAUGGAGCUGCUUAGCCUGCCAGCAAGCUCUUAGCUUCUUAUGUUUAUUUUUUUCUCUAAAACAGCGAGAAACCUUGAGUCAAACUGGACCCAAAUCUGCAGAUAGUUCAGGAGUUUCCUUGAAUCAUCUAUAUGGGCCAUCUUCUCUCAAAAAAUGGUCUACGCCUGAAGAAGAGGACACGCAAGUUACAUCACAGGAAGAAGAAGAGGAACUGUUUCCUUCAGGGACCGUGCAUGCUCUGCUUCAUCGUCCACAACAACAACAGCAGCAGUCUCGACGACGACAGCGAUCAACUGGACGACGGCGUGAUCGGGUGCCAGCGCAACAGCAUCACUGGAAUCAGCGUGCCGGGGGUAGGCGAAGUCGGCAUCGGAGCGGGAGCUGCCUCCAAGCUGGCCGAACGAUACGCAGCUCUCGCGUCACCUGAGGACUGUUCAAAGUUUCUGUUGUCACAGAGAGAGAUUUCUAUCUGGGAGGGCCAAGGGAGGAGUCUUUUAUCAGCUGUUCCCGCCAAACUGAUCCCACCACCGGUGCUUUUCCGGGCCGCUGGCGUGUCAGUGACCGUGCCCAUACCUGUGCCUGUGCCUGGCUGCACCAGCGAAUACACAGAGAUGGUGUGCAAGAGGAAGUGCUCACAGGUGCAAAGGUGUACCCCGUGCAAGCAGCCGCGCUGCACCUUUGCCGCUCCUGACGGAAGGCUAGAGAACGGGGCAGCGGGAGGAGGUGGAGAUGCUUUAAACUCUGAAACCGGUCACAGCCACCUUCCCAUCUGCCCCAUCCCCUCUUCCUCUUCCACCUCUGCUUCCUCUUCCUCCCCCCCAGCCGAUGGCUGCUGUGGUUUGACUCUUUACGCCGAAUCGUCCAACAGUUCAGACUCUGCCUCAUGCUGCAUGCAUCACUAUGACGACUGUCAAGCGAGAGAUUCUGAUGGCACCGAGCAGCUGAGCAUCAAUCAACUGCCUUCCUCCAUCCUUCUUAAGGUGCUGUCCCUCUUGACAGUAAAGGAACGCUGUCUUUGUGCCUCUCUGGUUUGUAAAUAUUGGAGAGAUCUCUGCUUGGACUUUCAAUUCUGGAAGCGAAUUGACCUCAGCGGCUUGCAAGAAGUCAACGACGAUCUCCUUGUGAAAAUAGCUUCUCGCAAGCAGAAUGUGAGAGAGAUUAACAUCUCGGAUUGCAGGGGCAUCCAUGACUAUGGAGUGUCCUCUCUGGCUUCCCACUGUCCGGGCCUGCAGAAGUACACGGCUUACAGGUGCAAGCAGCUGGGUGAUAUCUCAGUGACCGCUUUAGCGACACACUGCCCUCUCCUGGUCAAGGUGCAUGUGGGAAACCAGGACAGACUCACUGAUGCACCAUUGAUAAAGUUGGGAGCAAACUGCAAGGAGUUAAAAGAUAUUCACCUGGGUCAGUGCUAUGGGAUCAGUGAUGAAGGCAUGAUAGCGUUGGCUCAAGGAUGUCCCAAACUGCAGCGACUCUACCUGCAAGAGAACAAAAAGGUCACCGAUCAGUCUGUGCGGGCCGUAGCGGAGCACUGUCCUGAGCUGCAGUUUGUGGGCUUCAUGGGAUGCCCCGUGACCUCUAAGGGUGUGAUCCAUCUCACCGCGCUGCAAAACCUGAGUGUCCUGGAUCUGCGGCACAUCUCGGAACUGAACAACGAAACAGUGAUGGAAGUGGUGAGGAAAUGUCGGAAGCUCAGCUCUCUAAACCUGUGCCUCAACUGGAGCAUCAAUGACAGGUGUGUGGAAAUCAUUGCCAAGGAAGGAAGGAGCCUCAAGGAGCUCUAUCUGGUGUCUUGUAAAAUCACAGACCACGCUUUGAUAGCCAUAGGUCAGUACAGUAGCACCAUAGAGACCGUGGAUGCUGGCUGGUGCAAAGACAUCACAGACAAAGGAGCCACACAGAUCGCUAAAAGCAGCCGGUCCCUCCGAUACCUGGGCCUCAUGAGGUGUGACAAGGUGAACGAGGAGACGGUGGAGAGGCUGGUGAUCCAGUACCCACACAUCGUGUUCAGCACAGUGAUGCAGGACUGCAAGAGAACCCUGGAGAGAGCUUAUCAAAUGGGUUGGAGCCCCAACACGUCUAACUCUUCAUAGCUACUCCUGCAUUGCACACACACACACAAACACACAGUUUUACAUGACCAUGUCCACUUCAGUGCAGAUCAUCCAUCUGGAUUUCUCUUUCAACCUUCAGUCUUGAAUGUUAAACAUGUAGUGACACACUUACAGGCAAAACAAAUAAAAUAAAUCUGGUAAUCAGAGAUUUUUAAGGUCAAUCCAUGUUAGUUUGUUAUAUUCAUAGGGAAGAGACUUAAUACUUCUACCACAUUUUGGUUGUAAUGCAAAACUACUUUUACAAACAUAAUUUUCUGUAUUCCUGCCUCAGGGUGGGACUAUAAAAUGUCUUGUUAGUUUGGUAGAUAAAGGUGCAAGCAGUUUGAGUAGGUGUUACAAUAGAUAUCUGUAAAAUAAAUUAACAAAAGAAGAGUUCUUACAUCAAAGUUAUUUAGCCAUAGUUAGACCAGAGUAGUUUUAUUUGAAGAUUGGACAAUAACUGUUUGUUUCCUUAGAUGAAACCCUUGUAUUAAAACUCUUCUCCAUGUCAGCCCAUCAAGAGUUUUUAUUUUACCAAACCACUUCACCCAGCUGCUGAGGGAGGAAGCAGAGAACAUGAACAUAUCGCAUUUCCCAUCUGACCACUUAGGCCCAGGGGUCAGACUGAACUGCCAUGGCUCUGGACCUAACUUGAGGCGUUUUAAAGAAAAUGGUCAGAUGAGGCAUUUUCUUCCAUUUGGACAAUAGUUUUCCUCUCUCUGGGCAUUGGCGGAUUUAACCUUUUCGUGGAUUUUUUUGGGACCAUUGACAAGCCACUGUGUGAGAAACACAGGACUUGGUCAAAUGCUCGGCCCAGAAAUUCUAAUCGUCAAGCCAAGAAGAGUGCAUGUUUCUGUGGGUUUUUUUGUUUUGAUUUCUGUUUCAGAGUGUUAACAAUGUGAAGGGAAAACAGAUCUGUACGGCCUUGGGCUCUCCUGCAUAUUUGCAGGGCAAAGAUGAAUUAUGACUGAGCAUCACAUAAUCUGUUUGGUAUGAAAAUUAGCAUUGUCAGAAACAGUGGUUGCCUUUUUUAACUAAAAGGAAAAAAAAAAGACAUUGGAUAAUGUUUUCAUAACAUAACCUGCAGUAAAAGUAAAGCUGUUGUUAAUUCCUAUCAGAAUAAGAGCCUGAAUCCCACUUUACUGAAGUGAUUCUUUAGUAUAAGUUUAGAUGGAAUCAUAUUUUAAGUCAUAUAAAUCGCAUGGGAUUUAUUUAGCAUAUACUUAUAGAUAGUUUUGAUUGUACAGUAUCCUUGUUAGCAAUAGCUCUGAAAUGCAGUGAGCUAUUUAGCUGUAUUUAGCCAAAGGCAUCAUAAUCUCUUCUGUUUGAAUUGCACAACUGGAUCCUGACUCUUUGAACACACAUUUCAGAAUCUUAAAGUGUAAUUUAAGUCUGUUUUUUGAAGAAUGGAUCCUUGGGUUUCUAUAAUUCACAGGAUUUACAGUUACAUAUUUUACAGCCGCCAACAAUAAUGCAAAGAAGAGCAGGGGUGGGUAUGGACUGGACAGGAACAUAGACCGGUGAAGGGACUAGACGGUGAUUUUACACAAUUGCCGCACAACUGUAAGCAGAGAUAGCAAAUGUUUGUUGGCUUCUCUCUGUAGUAGAGUAAGUUUCGCAAAAACUAGUGAAAGUUAGCCCAAAAGAAUGGAACAUACUUCAUUUGUUCAACAGAAACUCAGUACUGUAAAAGUCAAAGAAUCAGGGUACUUUUCUAAGGUGUGAGUCACUUCUGGUCCUUAAUCAUCAUCAUCUCACUGGAAGAAUGUCUUUAUGAACCAAGAGUUUGAGUUGAAGCAUUAACUUUUUUAACUGAUAGACAUCACAGGCAGUUAAAAACAAACUCAUUCUGAUGUUGUUGAAAUUUAUGAGUGUUACCCAAAUGACAAUUUGACCUUUUGCCGUGGGAACCGCCUUCUCUGCUAGAUGAUGAAAUAUUGAUUCCUGAUUUGCAAAGGCAACCAUAAAUGACUGGAUUUAAAUCAUAAAUAAAAACACUACAACUUCAGCAGUUCUGUCUUUCCUUUCUGUGUGUGUGUUUUAAAGCCCCGAAGG